CCCAUGUAAAACACAGAGAGAGGUUGUUUCCGUUGGAACCUGGAUGCAUGCUGGAUUUACUACCCAAAAUUUGAUAGUCACUGCCAUGAUCUUUUAAUUACGUUACCAUGUCUUGUUUGUUCUUCAGUAAGGCAAUAUAUAUCUUUGAAAACGAUGAACGUUAUAAAGCUGUUGAACGUCCAAAGGAUCGUGAGGAUCUUUUUCAAGAUUACAUACAAGAACUUGACAAAAAGGAAAGGGCAAAGGCAUUGGAAGCGAACAAGCAAAAUCGAAUUGAUUACUUGGAAUUUUUAAAAUCCUGUGACUUCAUUAAGGCAAGCAGCCAAUGGCGGAAGGUCCAAGAUCGCUUAGAAGCUGACGAAAGGUGCUUGUGCCUGGAGAAAAUUGACCGCUUGGAAAUUUUUCAGGAGUAUAUUCGUGACUUAGAAAGGGAAGAGGAGGAGCAGAGGAAAUUACGCAUGGAGGAAUUGAGGAAAACAGAACGUAAAAAUCGUGAUGAAUUUCGCAAGCUGAUGGAAGAGCAUGUUUCUAAAGGUGCUCUCACAGCUAGAACUCACUGGCGUGAUUACUGCGUGAAGGUGAAAGACUCACUUGCAUAUCUUGCUGUAUCAUCCAACACAUUGGGGUCAACAGCAAAAGAUUUGUUUGAAGAUGUUGUAGAGGAGCUGGAGAAGCAGUUUGUUGAUGACAAGGCUCGCAUAAAACAUGCAAUCAAAGUGCAUGAGAUUGCUCUGACAACAAGUUGGACAUUUGAGAACUUAAAGGCUGCAAUUUCAGAAGAUAUUAGCUCACCGCCCAUAUCAGACACUAACUUGAAGUUUGUUUUUGAAGAAUUACUGGAAAGGGCUAGAGAAAAAGAAGAAAAAGAAGCUAAAAGACUGAAACGUCUUGCAGAUGAUUUCUAUGAGCUUUUAAGUGUUUCCAAGGAAAUCACUGCAUCGUCAAGAUGGGAGGACUGCAAACCAUUUCUUGAAGACAGGAAGAUGAGUGAAGAGGGCUUUUUGCGAGAUAUAUUUGAUAAAUUUGUUGCUGGCCUGAAAGAAAAGGCAAAAGAGAAGGAAAGAAAGCGAAGGGAAGAGAAGGCCAGGAAGGAAAAGGGAAAUGAAAGGAAGGGGAGGGAGAAAGAAAAACAUAGAAGGGAUAAAGACAGAGAAGAUGAAAGCAGGUGUAGGAAAAAAAGGGGCAGGAAGGAGACUACAGACAGCGAUGAUAAAACUGAGUCAUACAGUUAUGAAAACAACCGAAGAUAUGAAAGCGAGAGAGGAAGGAAACACAGAGAGCGGCAGCAUUCACGUUCCAUUGAUGAAGGUGAAAGUGAGAAGGGUGGUCAAUCAAGGGGUACUCACCAAAACAAUAAUCGUGAUCACAAGAAGUCAAAGCAGGAGUCCGUGGAGCACCAUGGAUGGGCAUCUGAAACAAAACCUGAUGGUCACCACAAGAAAUACAUGAGAGAUUACCGGAGGAGCGGCGGCAGCCAUCAUAGAAAUGUGGACGGCGAGGAUGGGGAGGUUCGGUAAAAUUCUGUUUUUACUUUCCCAACUUGUCAAUUCUGAAUCUCGGAUAGAUUUGUAUUAUUUGGGAAAUUCAUAUGCAGGGAUUAACUGUAAAAUGUGUGUAUUUCGCAAUAAAAAAACUUUGGUUGCUUUGAAAUUUAAAAUAGAAAAGGAGUUUCUAGGAAGGGGACGGUGGUCUCGAGGUUAGGGACUAAUCAAGCAUGUUCUCUGUA